UUUUUUACUAAUAACUAAUCUGUGGUGCUGGUGGUCUUUCAAAUCAACAUGGCGCUCAAUCUUACUGUUAAAGUUCAUCCCGUUGUUUUGUUUCAAAUAGUAGAUGCAUAUGAGCGUCGAAAUGCGGAUUCACACCGGGUCAUUGGCACAUUACUGGGUACCCAGGACAAGGGGGUGGUGGAGGUGACGAACUGUUUCUGUGUACCGCACAAGGAGCACGCGGACCAGGUGGAGGCCGAGCUCAACUACGCCAUGGACGUGUACGAGCUCAAUAGGAGAGUCAACGCCUCAGAGAAUAUUGUUGGCUGGUGGGCGACGGGCAACGAGGUGACCAACCACUCGUCCGUGAUCCACGAGUACUACUCGCGCGAGUGCCGCGAGCCGGUGCACGUGACGCUGGACACGGGGCUGGGCGGCGCGCGCAUGGGGCUGCGCGCCUACGUGUGCGUGGCGCUGGGCGUGCCGCGCGGCAAGCAGGGCUGCAUGUUCACGCCCGUGGACGUGGGCCUCACGCACUACGAGCCCGAGGUGGUGGGGCUGCAGCUGUGCCAGAAGACCAUGGGCGCGGGCGGCCGCGCGCGCCAGGUGCAGCCCCUGGCGGACCUGGCGCAGGUGGCGGAGGCGGCGGCGCGGCUGUCGGCGCUGCUGGAGCAGGUGCAGGCGUACGUGGAGGACGUGCUGGCGGAGCGCGCGGCGCCCAACGACGCGGUGGGGCGCCAGCUGCUGGAGCUGGUGACGGCGCUGCCCGACCUGGCGGCCGACUCCUUCGCCGACGCCUUCAACUCGGGCGUCAAGGACUUGCUCAUGGUGGUGACGCUGGCGCAGCUCAUCAAGACGCAGCUGCAGCUCAACGAGAAGCUGACGCUGCUCACGUCGCAGUGAGCCGCCCCCCGCCCGCCCCGCGCCGCCCGCCCCCGCGCUCCGAGACAAUAAACAUCUGCGGCACACUC